UCAUGUGCCUAAACGUGUAAUAAACAUUAAAGUAUUUGCCGAUAUGAGUGAUGGCGUUCAUCAAAUAAGAAAAGCCUUUUUUGCCCCCUAACCUGCCUGUAUAUUAUUCUCCACUUUCUGCGCCUAAUUACGUGUACCAAGCAAAUAAAGUACACUUAAUGUUGCCCAACAUGACAGCGUAUUGUUUAAAGGUUUCGGCGGUUACCAGGAAACGUUAUAAUGCUAGCGAAGCAAGUAGUCAGUUGCAGAUUGGUGACGUACGUACAGGAAGUCAGAAACACUCUGGCUUUACGACUCUGUGGUAACAAUGCCUAUACAGGUCUUUCCGUAAUUAAACGCCGUAGCACCGAACUUGUGAAACACGUCAGGGAUCACGAAAUGCUCUUACCGGUGCCUACCGUUACCUAUAGAUUGACGUUUGUGUAAAGGUGAUGAACUAGUAAAAAUGUCGUUGCGAAUUAGUUGGAAUGAACUGUUCCCCACGAAAUGGAGCGUAGUGAUAUUCAUCGCGUACAUGGUGUUGUUUAUAAAUCAAGGGAUACUUGUCACAGCAUCACAAAGUUCAACUAGUACAUACAGCUAUAACACAGUGACUGUUGUGCUGCUCACAGAGGUGGUAAAGUUGGUGGUCUCUGUCUCCAUUUACUGCAAAGACAAUGCAGUGUCUUCCCUGCUUCAUGAGACAAAGUUACACAUUAGAGUAAUGCUGUUAUAUUUUGUACCGGCCUUUUUAUACUGCUUGUAUAACAAUUUGGCCUUCAUAAACCUGUCAGCCUUUGACCCUACAACAUAUUACCUCCUGCUACAGUUCAGAGUUGUAGUGACAGGUAUUGCCUUUCAGGUGCUAUUUAAGAAGAAAUUAAGUGGCAAACAGUGGUUGUCACUGGUUCUGCUUACAGUUGGUUGUAUGAUGAAAGAGACUGAUAUGAGCAGUGAUAAGAAAAAUUCAUUUACUUCUACCAGUACACCAACUGCCUCCCAGGCUGGCUUCCAUUUCAGUUUCAACGCUUUGCUUAUUGUAAUUCAGACCGUGUGUUCCUCAUUUGCUGGUGUUUACAAUGAAUACCUUCUGAAGGCAGAUGGUGCAGAUGUCAAUGUGUUUGUACAGAAUGUGUUCAUGUAUGUGGAUUCAAUUAUAUGCAACGGAGGUAUACUUCUGGUGCAAGGACAACUUUAUAGUGCUUUCACAUGGGAAGCACUUUCAUCGGUGUUUACAUUUAAAGUAAUGAUUAUAAUGUUCAACAACGCAGCUAUUGGUAUUAUUACUAGCUUCUUUUUGAAGAACUUAAAUUCUAUUCUGAAAACAUUUGCAAGUGCGCUUGAAUUAAUGUUUACAGCAGUACUCUGUUGGCUAAUAUUUGGAAUACCAAUAUAUGUGAACACUGUUAUUGCCAUCUCCAUUGUGUCAUAUGCUGUUAUACUCUAUUCUCAAAAUCCAGUUGUAAAUCAGUCACAGAAAGAAGACAAGCAAACAGAGGAAGAGGAAGAUCUGUUAGAUGUUUCUUCUGCCUAACUUAUUAAUAUUUGCAGAAAUGGUCCAAAUGAAUUUAAAAGGCUGCAUCUUUGUACUUGCAGAAUGUACCAAGGAGUUCUGUUGGUUAACUUGCGUUGGCAACUGGCUUUUUAUUUCUGAAUUGAAGUCAUAAUUAUAGCCUGUGAUAUUUACAUAGAUUUAACUUUUGUUAUUUAUUGAUAUUAUAGGAAAUGGUCCACAUAAAUUUAGAAACCUGUAUCUUUAUACUCAUGAAUUUUAUGAAGGAUUGCUGUAAGUUAACUUGUGACCGUAAUCAAUGGCACAUAAUAUACAGUUGUUAUGGUGAACGUAAAUGUGGAACAUUUUAUAUGCUGAAACAAUACAAGUGCAAGGAACAAUGAGAGCAGAAGAAUUUCCGUACUUUUCAUAUUUUCCAACCAUUUCUUGUGGUGUACUCUAUUCUGUUAAACAAAAACAUUAAAACAUUAUCUUUCAAAUUGGUCAAUGUUAGCAGCUAAUGUCAAGAUUUGUAUAGUCAUCAUUUCACCAGAAUAUUUACUGGUUUAUAUGCUACCAAGCAGACAAGUAUAAGCUUUUAAAUACGUUAGGACGUGAAAUGAUGGAACAUUUCCAUGAACUUGCCCAAAGAUUGAUAAGCAUUUAGCUUCUGUUGUACUUGAUCUUUUUAUUUAUGGUGGUUAUAAUGUGUUUAAAGAUUAUCAUUUCAAGAUAAUUUUGCAUUGAUAUAAGGCUCAGUGUGUUCAUUUGCUGUGUACUGAAUAGUUACGUAACUUACACUGAUGCAUUUUUUAAUUCAUUAAUUUUCUUGAGCUAUAUUCCAAAAACUUCAAAUAACUUGAAAUUGUAAUUAUAAUAGUAACAAUAUCAGAGAACUAAUGAAUAUUUGUGGCCUUGGUGAAGUGAAGUUAUGAAAGGUGCUGGAUACUGCCUCAGCAUAUACUUGUUUCUCGAGCAGAAAUGUCAGUGGACUAGCUAAUAGAAGAGCUAUGUUUUUUCUUUGAACCCUUGUGCUGCGAAAUAAAUAUAAUGGCCUAAAGUUUGUAACAUCAGAAUAACCUACAAAAUAUGAAGCCAUAACGUAAAGAUAUCAGUUUCAAACCACUUUUUGGCGAGUAUUUUUACAGUACAGAAUCGUCAUUUAAUGUUGUACUCCAGAAGUAUGUUUACAUUUAAUGUUUUUCAGUUUUUGGGAGACUCUUCCCAA